GAAUUGCGGAACCUCGGCUCUGUGUUUGCGCUAAGCAGAGAAACCAAGUUGAUCAACCUCAAGCCUGAAGUUGAAAUAUGUUCCAGCUGGUGGCCCUCAGUCUGUUACCAUGGAUCCCAGUCAUCCUCUGCAAGGUAACCACAGAGGAAGCCUUUACCGUCCUGGAGGGUCGAUCCCUCAAAAUCCCGUGCCACUACGAGCCCCAGUAUGCCAGCUAUGUGAAAUACUGGUGCCAGGGCAGGACCAAGGAGUUCUGCACCAGCUUGGCUCGAACCGACGACCUGCGGGCGAUAGACCCGGCCGGGGAGAAGGUCAGCAUCUUUGACGACCCGAUCCAACAGGUGUUCACAGUGACCAUGAACCACCUGAAGGAGGAGGAGUCGGGCUGGUACGUGUGCGGAAUAGAGAUAGGAGGCUUCUGGUACGCCGAUGACACCACCUUCACAAACAUUAAAGUCAUCCACGAGAGUGAGAAGACGUGGUGUCGGACGGGGGACUGGAGAUCCUGCCUGUCCACGGGUUCUGAGGGCAGCUACGAGGACUCCUCACUGGCCAUCAGAGACGACAGAUCUGGGACGUUCUCCGUCACCUUUAAGAAGCUGCAGAUGAGAGACACGGCGUGGUACUGGUGCUCCGCGGGGCAGCAGAAAAUAGCCGUCCAUGUGCUGGUCACACCGCGAGCAACCACAACCACAGCAGUGUUGGUGACUUCUCCACCAAGUCAGUCUAUAGCAAACUUGCUUCCACCCGAACCCAUCACUAAGGAGUCCUGGAACACUCAUAGCCUCCUGCUGGCUACUGUGGUGGUGUGUUCGUCCAUCUUGUUUCUUGUGGCCAUGGUUCUGUUGGCAAAAAAGCUAUGGAACAAACACAAGAAGGAUCCUCUACUCCGAGGAGUCGGGAGCAUGGCAGCUAAGUUCACUGGCUUUUCACCAGAUGCAAGUGACCUUCAAAAUUCAACUGUUGUUUUCCUCAACAAGAAUUCCCAGGAUAUGCACAUGAUCUAAGAUGGGCCUGUGCCGUGUUUCCCUGAAACAUUUUUGUAAAUUAAUGUAAUUUUUGUUCAUCUACUGCACAGAGCAUGCACUCUCUUGUUUUUAUAUUACCUUCCUUAUGAAACACAGAGUGUUCAAUUAACAGUUGAGAGUUUCUGAGGAGCUAAUGAGAGUGUCAACAAAUUAAAUCAGUUUGCCUGAUUGUUUUCCCCCCAUGACAAAGAUAAGAGGUUCCUUAAGUAAAGGUGAUCAAAUGGGUUACUUUUGUGAAUACAUUGCCCACCAAGUGGAAGGUUGCCGGUUUGACUCCAGGCUUCCCUGGGCCACAUGUUGGAGUGGUUUUGGGUAAGACACUGUGGUGUAUUCUGUGGUGUUCCUGUCAGUUUUUAUUUUGUUUUUUUUGGUAAAAGAGUCUGUUUAAAUGCAUAAAUGUGUUCAUAGUCUUCCAUUCAUUGUAGCUAUUGAUUUACACACAGUUUGUCAAGUUUGAGUCCA